AUGCGGCUCGAGCUGGACCGCCAGAUGACCAAUGAACGGAAGUGGAAGAGGAAAGCUCUCAAGGCGUCACUAGUGAUCAGCACCUGGCGUCGGGUCCUUGAGAAUGAAGGCACACUCCCGGUGGACUGGGCGAGUCCCACCGUCGAGCUCCAGGUUUUGUGGAACCCCGAUAGCCUCCUUGAAGACGACAUCUUCUUCGACCAGUCGGCAGCCUUGCAUUGCAGUUACUAUCACACACGGAUCGUUAUUCAUCGGCCGUUCAUACCUGCGAUGCGACGAGAAUCCAAUCCUGCUCAUCUCCCUUCGCUCGCUCUCUGUAAUACUGCAGCGCGAGCGUGCAGUCAUGUGGCGGAGAUUCAACAGAAACGUCGUCCCAACAACCCGAUCUGGUUCAGCCAGACACCUUUGUUUACCGCAGGAAUCGUCUUGCUUCUGAAUAUCUGGGGGUGGUGGCCGAUCGAAAGCUGCUGA